AUGGAUGCUGGAGGUAUCCCUGUGUUUCAGAGCGCCAGCCAGGCAGCCGUCGCAGCCCAGCAGCAACAGCAAAAGCACCAGCAGCAGCGUCAACAACAGCUCAAUUUACAAUUGCAGCAGCAACAACAUUUACAACACCAUCAGCUACAGCAUCAACAGUCAAGUUUAGGGCUGCAUCUACAGCAACAUCAGCAAUUACAAUCGACGCAGCAACAAUUACACAAUGUGCAGCAGCAACAACAGAUACAGUUGCAACAUCACCAGCAACAUCAACAUCAACAGGCGAAUACGCAACCACAACAAUCCCAACAUUCUGCGUACCAUCCAGCACCAGGAGGAGGUGCCGGUGGAGGAGGCGGCAUUGGCUUUGGCGGCAGCGCAACUGSCGGCCCUGCAGGCGCAACUGGAACAACAGCUACAACAGCUGGAGCAUCUAGCGGAAUGGGUGGCCUCAUCGGCGUCAACAACAAUAUCAACGGACCAACGUCCGGCAACCAGGGUACCUGCGGUCCGGAAGUUGUGCCUCCAAAAAGGCAGCAAAUGGUUGAUCGACUUAGACGACGAAUCGAAAACUAUAGACGUCGACAGACGGACUGCGUACCGCGCUAUGAACAAACAUUUAAUACAGUAUGUGAGCAACAAAAUAGUGAAACAGCGGCGCUGCAAAAAAGAUACCUUGAGAGCAAAAAUAAACGCUCAGCUAAGAAAACUGAGAAGAAGCCCACAGAUACGGUGUCGGCUGCGACUGCUAUGAUGGCAGGCAAUCUGCAAAGCAGUGUACAUGUGCAACAAAAGUUCUUAAAACGGCCAGCGGACGACGUGGACAAUGGAUCUGAAACAUUUGAGCCGCCACACAAACUGCCAAAUAACAAUAAUAACUGCAACAAUAACAACGGUUCUGAAAAUCUAACGAAGUUCUCAGUGCAUAUUGUGCAAAAAUUGGAGUUCACCACGUCAGCGGCUAACUCACAACCGCAGCAGAUAAGCACGAAUGUCACAGUAAAGGCGCUCACAAACACUUCCGUAAAAAGCGAGUCGGACGUCGGUGGGAACGGCGGCAGCACUGGCAGCGGUGGUUGUGGUGGAACGACUACUGGUCCUGGCGGUAAUUCUGGUGGGCCGAAUGAUCCGCAAAGUGGCGGAAUAUCGAAUAAUGCUCGUGGAAACACUGGAAACAGCGGAGGACCUAAUGGGGGGGGUGGUAAUAGUGCUACCGGUACUAAUAUCAACAACUUAAUGAGUGGACAUAACAAUUCAAAUACAACUCAGAAGCAACAAAAACUUGGUCUUGGUAGUCUAUCAAAUUUAGUGGAAUGCAAAAGUGAGCCCGAUCAGGACUUUUCAGAUCUGGCUGGAUUAGAAAAAGAGAGUGGUCCAAAUAGUAACUUUCCCGGGUUUCCCGAUCUUAUGGGCGAUGAUAUCAUAAAUGAUCUACAAGACUUCAAUCCGGAUUUAUUUAGUUUUGAUGAGAAGCCACUUUUAGAUAUUAAAACUGAGGAUGGUAUUAAGGUGGAGCCACCAAAUGCACAAGACCUCAUUAAUAGUCUGAAUGUGAAAUCAGAAAAUGUGAUGGCGGAUUUUAACGCAACAUUUGGAAAUGGCGGUGGGGGUAUGAAUGUAGGGGGUGCAAAUAACGUGCCUAACGUGGCUAAUAGUGGUGGUAUGGGUGGUUCUAUGAAUGGACCUCCACAUACCGAUCCCCAAACGUUGAACAAAAUGCGACAAUUUUUAAAUGGUCCUGAUAACGGUCAGAUGACAUCGUUAGCUGCACAAACAUUAAAACAAAUGGCAGAGCAACAUCAGCAUAAGAACGCCAUGGGCGGUAUGGGAGGUUUCCCACGGCCGCCAAUGCACCAGUCACAACAGGGGCAAAUAAUGGGGGGAGGUGGCCCAAAUAAUCGGUAUAAUGAUUAUGGCAAUUUCGGUAGCGAUUAUGGUAUGGGGCCCAAUGGUUCACAACAGCAACAGCAUUUGCCUCAAUUUCAGCAAAAAGUUCCUGGCAAUGGAUCUAUGGCUGGUUCGGGUCCGUUUGUUGGCAUGCAACAGAGUUUUCUAGAUAUAAAGCAAGAGCUCUUCUAUUCCUCACAAAAUGAUUUCGAUCUCAAACGACUACAACAACAGGCUCAAAUGCACCAACAGCAGCAACAACAACACCACACACAACAAAAUCAUCCACAACCAACACAAAACUCGCAUGCCCCGAAUGGACCUAAAAUGGGACCAAAUAACAACUCUGGUAGUUUCUCGAAACCUGGACAACCACAAACCCAGCAACAACAAUACUCGCCAUAUAAUUCCCCAAUGGGUGCAACGGGCAAUCAGAGCCCUGCCGGUCAAUCAUUUAUGCAAGGACCGAAUCGCAGUGCUUCAGGAUCGGGUGGUAUUAGUGGCGGAGUCGGCGUAGGGAAUAGUUGUGGCAAUGGCGGUCCACCUAAUAUGACGGCGCAGCAUCCCCAGAACAAUACGCAACAACGUGGAGGACCGCAAAGCGUCCCGCCACUAAAUGUCAACAAUGGUGCCGGUGGCAUGGGUGGUGGUCCUAGUGUAAGUGGGGCGUCAGGUUCAAACAAUCAAAAUGGCAGCGGUGGUGGCAUUAAUGCGGGAGCGGGCAAUGCUAAUAGUUCGCAGAGUGGUCCAAAUCUACAUCAACAGCAACAACAGCAGCAGUCGACAACAACAACACUGCAAAUGAAACAAACACAGCAAUUGCAUAUUACCCAACAAGGAGGAGCUCAUGGGAUACAGGUAUCAAGUGGUCAGCAUCUUCAUUUAAGUGGRGACAUGAAGAGCAACGUAUCAGUGGCAGCGCAACAGGGUAUACAAUUCUUUAAUCACCAGCAGCAGCAACCUCAUGGGUCAAGCGCUCAACAACAACAUCAGCCACAUGGUCAGCAACAUCAAAAUACUCAAAAUUCACAACAGCAACAGCAAUCUCAACAGCAACAAAAUCAAAAUCUAAAUCACGGAAACGGAGCUUCAGACGGCUUCUCCAUUUCGCAAACCCAGUCACUGAAUUUCACACAACAACAACAGCAGCAACAUGCCCAACAACAACCGACACAGCAGAAUCAACAAAUGCCUUCCAAUAUGCGUCAACGUCAAACGCAGGCUCAAGCACAAGCGGCAGCAGCAGCUGCUGCAGCUGCAUCUGCAGCCUUGGCUCAAGUAUCAUCGACGAAUGUUGGCUCACCUGUCGUUCCGAACAACAAUAACAAUACAAAUAAUGGUGUACCUGGAGGUGUGGGUAAUUUAAUAGGACAACAGUCAAGCAGCGUGAGUGGUAAUGUGCAUGGUGGACCAGUUCCACAAAGUGUGACGAUAGGGGGAGGAGGAGGGGAUACAAUUGGACCCAGUGGCAUGAAUAACAUUUCGGGAAUGGGCGGGAAUGUUAAUAUUGGUGGAACGCAUCAAAUGGGUGGGACUAAUGGUAGCGGGUUAGGCGCAAUGAUGCCUAGCAAUUCUUUAUCGCAUAUAAAUGCCCAGAAUGGACCAAAUGCUGCUGCAGCAGCAAUGAUGAUGGGUGCGACGCCAAAUAGUGGACCCCCGAUGAAUAUUAACCAAGCCAAAUUCUUACAACAGCAACAAAUGAUGCGCGUUCAAGCUAUACAACAACAGCACAUGGGUGGAUCGCGACCACCACCGCCCGAAUACAAGGCUUCGCAAGCUCAACUUAUGCAAGCACAAAUGAUGCAGCAGAACGUUGGCGGCAGUGGCGGACGCUUUCCCAAUGCUUCAGCUCAAGCAGCAGCAAUGCGACGAAUGACGCAACAACCUAUUCCACCCUCAGGACCAAUGAUGCGCCCGCAGCAUGCGAUGUACAUGCAACAUUCAGCAGUUGCUGGCUCACGUUCAUCUAUGGGAGCAUUUAAUGGUGCCAUGGGAACACAACAACGUCCUCCUAAUGUCCAAGUUACUCCAGAUGGUAUGCCGAUGGGUUCACAGCAGGAGUGGCGCCACAUGAUGAUGUCGCAGCAACAACAGAUGAGUUUUGGUGGAGGACCUGGCGGCCCAAUGCGGCAAGGGGCUGGAUCAUUUGGCGGCGGAGGCUUUUUACCAAGUGCUGGUGGUGUUGGUCCUAUGACUGGUGGUGGUGUUCCAAAUCACGGCAUGCAAUUGACGCCAUCACAAAUUCAGCAACAAAUGAUGCGACAGCAACAGGUCCAGCAGCAGCAACAAAUGUUAGCGAACACCGGUGGAAGCGGAGGAGCAGGCAGCGUACAGAUGCAACAAAUGCUGCAGCAACAUCAUCAGCAGCAACAAGGCGGACCCGGUAACGUAAUGACUCAGAUGCAAAUGACAUCAUUACACAUGUCACAGUCGCAACAACAAAUAACAAUGCAACAACAGCAGUUCGUUCAACAAACCGCAUCGACAGCAACCGCGCACCAACAGCAUACGCAAAUGAUGCAAAUCAGCCAGAAUGUGGGAAGCAGCAACGCAAGUACUGGCGGAAUGGUAAGCGGAUCGGUAGGAGUACCUAGUAUAGGCCCCAAUGCCAGCACCACUGGUUCACUUGGAUCGGGAACAAACAACCUUGGGUCAAAUAAUAAUAAUAUCACAGGAAAUAACAUGACUGCGGCUACAGCAGCUCAAUCCACCAAUACAUCUACAGCUUCCAAUACUGCCAAUGCCAUAAAUCAAACAAUUAAUUCAGUGGUGGCCAGUUCUAAUGAUUUAUGUCUCGAGUUCCUCGACAACCUACCGGUGGACAGUGGCAAUUUCUCCACACAGGAUUUAAUUAACUCACUUGACAACGACAAUUUCAAUCUGCAAGACAUUCUGUAAAUCGGAAACCGAGGCGAAUAGAAAACAAAGGAAGUGACUGCAGCCACAUAAACACCUAGUAUUCACAUAAUUGGACAUUACAUAACGGGUGAAAAUAAUUUUCAUCAACUGUUGGAAAAAAAUACUACUUUAAAUCGAAUUUGAGUAGCAUAAUUUAUAUACAUAUAAAAAACAUACAUACACACAUACGCAUAUUUACAAAUGAGCUCACCCUAACGCGGCAUUACAAAAUUAAAUAAUUUGCAUGUGGUAAACUUAAGCUGGCAACAUGUCUGGCUUCUGUACUGAUUUUUGAUAUAGCCUCAAAUAUAAAUUAUGCAUAUAUAGUUUUGUUUCGCACUAAUCUAAAUUUGUUUGCUGAUAAUAUUCUUGAAAGUUAAUAGUUUGCAUUAAUUUARAAACAUUCCAUUCGUCAAGAAAAAUAAUUCAUGUAUUACGUAAAGGGGAUGGUUUAAAUACACCCUCGCUCCUUAUAAUACACCUAUAUCAUAAUUAUUGUUAAUUCAAUUACAUUACUAUAAUGCUCUUUAUAAUUACAUAGAUAUGUAUAUGUAUGUAUAACAUGUACUUAAAAAGCAUUAGGAAAUAAAUAGAACAUGACAGCCGGAAAAUUUAGAGAAUCCAUAUAGAUAUAUGUAGAUAUAGCGUAGCAUACAAAAAUUUUAAUAUUUUUGUUAAAAGUUUUGAAUAUUGAUAAUGUUUAAACAAUAUGCUCUUGGAAAACUUUUAAUAUGUAUGUGUCCAAACUUCUGCAAAUAAACACUCAUAUUGGAAUGUAUACGUUUUCGUGUAAAUAAAACUGUAAUAAGAAAAAAAUUGGUGAUAUUUUUUCUAUAAUUAAAUAAUGUUAUUA